AUGAUCAAACACAUGCUACUGGUAGACAGAGAUGGCAACCAAGGUGUUAUACCGCGCAACUCCGCCACGAAUCAACCCAACAACGGCCAAGAUGAUAAAUGUCAGCUUGCGAAGAACACGACAGUGCAAAGACAAGAAAUCGAUCGCAAAAUGCAACGCGUUGCUUUAAAACUCAACUUAUCAGGCAAACUUGGUCAAGGAGCUAACUGUCAGCUGAAAGAGCUCAAGGCAGCGCAACCGGAGCACAAUUCGCAACGUGUCGACAACCCUACCGGUACUGUCUACUGCUUUGCUUUGGAAGCAAACUGCUACCAAGCAGCCUCUACGUCGCCAGACUACAUUUCCGAAGUCUCUCCGCUCGCGCAAGACCUCAAGUUCCUCCGCCACAAGUCCCAAGUUCGAAGUCAUGAAGUUCGCCAUUGUCACUACAUUCGCCUCGAUCCUGAUCGUCGGAAUCUCCGCUGA